AAUGUACUUAUGUACCUACAUUAUCACUAUCAGUUUAAUUAUGGAUAAUUAGUAUUGCACAAUAUUCACGACCACUCAUAAAUAUUAUUUUUUAGAUAUAAAUUAUUUUGCGUGCAUUUUUAAUUACUUGGUAAGCCUCUCACUUUUUGUUCAUUUAUUAACUCAACAUCUUGAAGUUCACGCUUUCGCUAGUUGUAUUUUAUUAUUAGUUAAUAAAAGUGUACAACUACUGAAGAUAUGGAUAUUUACGAAGUGUAUGUAAAAGCAGUGUCGUUUGCUGCAGGUUGUGCAUCCACCGCAAUGAUGUUAACACCUUUGUUAGUAUGUAAGGAUAUUGUGAAGAAAAAGACAUCUGACCACGUUAAUUUAUCUACAUUUGUUGGUGCACUUUUUAGGAGUUCACUAUUUUAUCGACAAGGUUUCAUCUUGAAUUUACAAACAGUGAUGUUUGUUCAUGGAAUGGGACUAUUAAUUAAUACAUUAUACUUAGCGCUUUAUUGGUACUAUUCAAAUAAAAAAACUUAUGUAAUAAAAACAGUUUUUAAGACGGCAUUAUUGAGUUCAGUUUUCUUGAUUUAUUCAUUUAUAGAAUCAACAGAUUUAGUUGUGACAAGAUUCCCAAUUAUGGUAUCGUUCAUACACCUGUCACUAAUUGGUUGGCCAUUACUAUCCAUUAGAGAAACUAUAAGAACAAAAAAAUGGUCUGGACAUCCUAAGCCAAUUUUGAUAAAUUCAAUUGUUCUUUGUAUUUUAUGGCUUUUAUAUAGUGUCAACAUAAAAAACGUUAUAAUUUUUACUCAAUGUUCAGUAGCACUGAUAUUAAGCUCAGCUCAAUUAGGAUUAUGGGCAAUAUAUCCAGCAGAAAAAAUUCAAAGCAAUAAAAUGGAAAAACAUGAAUGAUUACUGUUGUUAUAGUUUUACAAUUUUUUGUUAUAAUUUUAAUAAUUAUUUGUUUUCAUAAAAUUAAAAUAAAAUAUUUUUUUAACAAUGUUUACUAUAAAUCAACUCCUUAAUUUUGUCCAACGCAUAUCGUAAAUAAAACAAUAGAAGGUAGA